AUGGACUCUCACAACUCUGAAGAAUCUGCCAGCCUGAAUCGACAUGAGACGGUUGACGGGAGUGAUGACAUUAUUGACGGUUUACCUUGGGUUAAUAAACGUCGAAGAUCUCUGCCACCAACGGAUAGCGGCAUUAUCCCCUCCAUAGAUGGAGCGGCAGAUCGCUGGGGGAAGCGUAGGAAAUUACCGGUAGCAGCUAUUUUCAUCCAUGCUGGAGCCGGCUACCACAGCACCGUUAACGAGAGGAUCCACCUAGAGGCAUGCAGCGAGGCUGCUCGCUUGAGUAUAAAGCUUCUACGAGCAGGAAAUUCGGCCAUUGACGCUGUCGAGGCUGCAAUCAAAGUCCUCGAGGACAAAGAGAUCACCAACGCUGGCUACGGCAGCAACCUCGCAAUCGACGGAACGGUAGAAUGCGAUGCUACGCUUGUUGAUCACCUUGGUCGAAGCGGUGCUUGUGGUGCUGUUCCAAACAUCAAAAAUCCGAUUACUUUAGCCAAGGUCAUCCUCGAGUAUAGCAGCAAGCCCCUCUCUUUACGCCGCGUCCCACCAAAUUUACUUAUCGGAGAUGGCGCCAAAGAGUUUGCUCAGGAGUCGGGUAUGACAUUAAUUCCCAACGAAUAUCUUGUGUCGAGAAAUGCCCGAGACCGUUAUAUCAGAUGGCAGGAAGAUCUGAGACGGGCUGAGGGCAAAGAAUCUCCAACUCUAGAAUCCGGUGGUUACGAUCGAAUCGUCGCCAGCGACUAUGAUACUGAACUUCGCCACCGGGACCAUACGAACGCUAUAUUGACUGGAACUUGGAAUGAAGGUCAGCCGGACUCGCCAGCAUCGCCUUCACCAUGGGAGAGCGGUCCUCCUUCGCAUACUCACUCGCCCGUACUGAUAAGAGUCAGUGGAGCGCCGCAAGUCUCACCUGGUAGCUCAGUCGACCACAAUCCGCUUAAUUACCUAGGCUCGGCUCUCUCUAGCUCGAAGAAUUCAUCUGGAAAGUUAGCAUCGCCAGCCCCGAAUCGCCCACGGUUCAUCUCCGGGCCGAGUAACGAAUCCCUGAAGCCACUCUCUCGCGCAUCGACGCCUAAUAAUACGACUGGAGCAGCACGUCAUGAUGGUGCUGAUUUCAACCUCUUCUCAGAGCCUCUCUUAUCUCCAACUAGAAGGGCUUUCAAUACCGUAGUGCCGUUGGUGAAAGUAGAUAAGCCAUCAUCAAACCGGGCUACCAACGGUUGCGAGAAUCAUGACGAUGGCACCGAUAAGAUCACUGACACAGUGGGUGCGAUCGCAAUUGAUCAGAAUGGGAAGAUUGCGGCUGGCUCAUCUUCGGGUGGCAUUGGCAUGAAACAUCGAGGACGAAUUGGCCCGGCAGCCUUGGUGGGCAUCGGAACAGCCAUCAUCCCAGCUGACGAGCAGGAUCAGGACGGUAUGGCCGUCGCCGCUGUGACGAGCGGCACUGGAGAACAUAUGGCCACUACGAUGGCAUCCCAGAAGUGCGCAGAACGCAUAUUUCAAGGUACACGCCGAGGAGCGGGCGGAAAAGACGUGCCCGAAGACGAUGAGAGCGCCAUUCUCCAAGGCUUUAUCGCCAAUGACUUCCAGGAACACCCAGGUGUCAAAUAUUCCUCCUCGGCUGGUGCCAUCGGUGUCAUGGCCGUAAAGAAGAGUCCUAUGGGGUAUUACUUGUAUUUUGCACACAACACCGAUUCGUUUGCCUUAGCUUCAAUGGGAUCCAACGACCGCGAACCGUCUUGCGUCAUGUCGCGCGUCAACGAAGGAAGUUCUGGUAUUGCUCAAGGAGCUAGGAAAAUUCGCUUAUGA